AUGAUAGAAAGUGAUAUCCCGUCCAUAAUGUCAGGAAUCAUUAGGAAUUCAGGGCAAAAUCACCACCCUUCACAGGAGUACAGACUUUUAGCUUCUGACCCCUCCCAGCUGAGUGAAGAUGACCUCCCCAGUGACUUACAGUCCUUGUCGUGGCUGACAUCUGUUGAUGUUCCUCGGUUACAACAGAUGGCCAGCGGAAGAAUGGAUUUUAGCCUUGGUGCCCAGAAUGCAAUGCUACAACAGCCAGGUCCCGUGGCAAGCAAUAUGCACUCGACAGGAGCACCUGGAGCAAUGAUUCAUGUCCAGGCCAGCCUGCCACAGGGAAUCCUGGGACUGAAUUCUAUUUCAACACACGGAGCAAAUAUGAGCCAGUAUGCUGUAGGUGGGCAGCCAUCUCCUAGUUUACAAACACAGCAACAACUCUUUCCUCCUCCUCCUCAUUCACAGCAAGUGUUUGCCCUAGCACAGAACACACAACAGUGUAACCCCGCAGCAAUCUACAACACAUCCUAUGGGACUCAGCCACACUAUUCCCAGCCACGCCUGGCUCCUCACUCUGCCCAAGAACUGCAUCCAAAGCAUUACCCCAAGCCGAUCUAUUCAUAUAGUUGUUUGAUUGCAAUGGCGCUGAAGAACAGCAAAACGGGCAGUCUCCCAGUGAGCGAGAUCUACAGCUUCAUGAAGGAGCACUUCCCCUACUUCAAGACAGCCCCUGAUGGCUGGAAGAACUCUGUGCGCCACAACCUGUCUCUGAAUAAGUGUUUUGAGAAGGUGGAGAACAAGAUGAGUGGCACCUCUCGCAAAGGGUGCCUGUGGGCUCUCAAUCCUGCCAAGAUCGACAAGAUGGAAGAGGAGAUGCAGAAGUGGAAGCGGAAGGACUUAGCUGCUAUUCACAGGAGCAUGGCCAACCCAGAGGAGCUAGACAAGCUGAUCACUGACAGACCCGAGAACUGCAGGCGGCCCAGCAAACAGGCAGAGUCUGAGGUCUCCACCCUGAACCACAUGGCAGCAGCCCAAGGCCGAAUCUCCAUCUCCCAGCUGCAGCCUCAGCCGAUCAUGACGCUCUCGCUGCAGUCCAUCCCCCUGCAUCACCAGAUCCAGACCCAGGCUCGCAUCGCCCCAGACUCGCCAGCGCCUGCGCAAACACCUCCUCUCCAUACUCUGCCCGACAUGAGCCGCAGCCCUCUUCCCCACCAUCCCGUGGGACGCGCGCCUCCGGACUUCCUGAACGUGACAGCAGACAUGAACACGGAGGUGGAUGCUCUUGACCCAAGCAUUAUGGAUUUUGCAUUGCAAGGUAACAUAUGGGAGGAAAUGAAAGACGACAGCUUCAGCCUCGAUACCCUGGGUGCCUUCGGCAACUCCCCGCUCCACCUCUCAGACUGUGACCUGGGCACGCCUGGCCUCACCCCCGUCUCCAGCGGCAGCGAUCACUCCUUCUCAGACCUGCAGGUCACCGGCCUUUAUACCACUUACACGACACUGGACAACGUAGCGGCAGCUCAGUACAUGAACCCCCAAGGCAACAAACCCAUCGCUCUGCUCUGA